AUGCCGGAUAAAAUAAAAUUCGGCGACAUUGGUAGUGACUACGAGCCGUCGCUAUCGGAAGAUGAGUACAGUGAAGGGGAAAAGGAACUGCUAAAAAAAGUGCGCCGAAAACGUCGUGACGAGUACGAUGAGGACGACGACAUACAGCAGCACACAGUGCUGGGGUUCGACGACGACGAUGAGUAUUACGAUGAUGAGGAGGAGGAGGAGCCAGAUUUUGAGGAGAUCCGGAAGUUCGAGCACGAUAGCGACAUCGACGAUAAGGAUGCCGAGGACGAUCUGCCUGAUCGCCAUGCGUGGGGAUCGAAAGCGGGGGCGUUCUACGGCACUGGAUACGUGGAUCGGGACUACGACACACUCACGGCCCAGGAGGAAGAGCUGGCCAGGCUGGAGGAAGAAGAGGCAAUGGAAAUGCAAAAACGCCUGAUGCGGAAUAUGACCGAGGCUGAUUACAUGAUCGAUGAUUGGAUUCCUGCAAGCGAACAGGAGAAAUUAGAACAAUCAAAGGGGAAAGAAGGGAAGCUCAAGAAAAAGAAACAAGCAGAUAUCGUACCAAAAUUCAGCAGCAAGGACGAGAUAGUCAUUCAUGGUGAUCUUUCCGGACUUAGUGAACGGGAACAACUGGAGCUGUUCCGUAAGACGUCACCCGAAUUCGAGGGAUUGGUGCACGAGUGUUCCGUAAAGUUGAGCGAAUGCGUCAAUGUGCUGGAACCAGUUUUAGAGCUGCUGAAGAAACACAACAAACUGUCCCAUCCACUGGGACAGCUUCUAACGAAACGGUAUCAAUUUUUCAUGCUGUACUGCAAUAACAUUAGCUUCUAUGUGCUACUUAAAUCUCUUAAGGUGGAAAUCCGACACCAUCCUCUGGUGAAGCGCCUGCUGCAGUUGAAAAGCUUGGUGCAAGAGAUGGAGCAAAAGUACGAGCAAUCCGCCAAAUCCCAGGUAGAAAAACUACUUGAAGCGCAAGCACAGGGUCUGGAGAUCACCUUCGCUGAUGAGGAUGGAAUUUCGGAAGCAAAUCCGAAAGCUACACGGCGUCUAAAAGUCGUCGAUCGAUUGGAGCAAGAAGCGCGGGAAGAAUCACCCUCGGCCGAUGGUGCCAGUCAAGCUAGCGACGAAGGUGGGGACAGUGACGGAGACGAAUUCACCGCAAAGCGCAUGAAACUGGACGCAAAUGAAGAUAAUUCCGAUAUGGAACCAGAGGACGGAGAGGGAGAGGAAAUGGACGUGGACGGAAAACGCAAGAUCACCUACCAGAUGGCGAAGAACAAGGGUCUAUCGGUACGAAAGCGCAAGGAUCAACGUAAUAUCCGAGUGAAGAACAAGCUGAAGUACCGCAAGGCACUGAUCCGUCGUAAGGGAUCAGUCCGGCAGGUACGCACCGAAACGACGCGAUACUCGGGUGAAACCAGCAUCAAACCGUUCGUCAAACGUGGAAUUAAGAUCAAAUAACUCGCAUGAACGCCAAAUGCAUCUGGUCUCUGUGUCAUUAAGCGGCUUUAUUUUGAAAUACACUUUAGUAUCUCGUUAC